GGGGAGCAGGUAUUGAGAUCAGUGAGAUAGUGAGAUAGUGAGUGAGUGACGGGCUCGAGCUCAAAAGCUGUCUGAUCAUCGAUCAUAUCACCAAGUGCACCAAGGUUUUCCGCGCUCUUACACUUCAAUCCAGAUUAUCAGACGAAUCAAACAGACGGUGUGGCCAUCACUAAGCGACCUGACCUGAGUGCUGAAUGAACAUUAGGUGCAGGUCAGUUGUCAGACAGCUGUCCGGAUCGGGACUGAGAGGAGACAGUGUGCACCUGCAGCCCGGUUCCUCGGACGCGCGAGAGGAAUGUCGCGCACAUGAAGUUAUGGAUUGCAAAAAGACUCUGAUUACUUGCAGAAAACAUUUUGUGGAGAUUUGAUAGGGGAACUGAUUUUUUUUUUUUGGUGCUUUUUGGGAACGCAUUCGGGGAACUGAGUUUGAUCUGUCAUUCCAGUACCAGUAAUUUCGCACAAUAAUGUUCCAGCACAAAAAGUGUUUCACGAUUGAAUCUCUGGUGGGAAAAGACUCGAACUCCUCUAGCGCUGGAGAUGAACCGAUUCGCCCCACGGCUCUGCGGUACACCGAGUCUGUGCAUCACCCGGCUCCGUUCGGCAGCUGCUUUCAGAACUCGGCUCGGACGCUGUACGGGAACGUUAACGUUAACGCAGACAUGAUGUUCCCGGAUCCGGGCUCCCACUCGGCCAACUCUGCACUGGCACUGCGGCACCUGUCCAUUCCCACCCAGCCCUUCUUCAGCCCGCACCAGCGGGACAGCCUGCACUUCUACCCCUGGGUGCUCAGAAACAGAUACCUCGGACACCGCUUUCAAGGUGAGGACAACAGCCCGGAAAACCUGCUGCUGCAUGGACCAUUCUCACGCAAGCCCAAGCGCAUCCGUACAGCCUUCUCGCCCUCACAGCUGCUGCGACUGGAGCGCGCUUUUGAGAAGAACCACUACGUCGUGGGUGCUGAGCGCAAGCAGCUGGCCAAUGGCCUCUGCCUUACUGAGACUCAGGUAAAGGUGUGGUUUCAGAACCGGAGAACUAAGCACAAGAGGCAGAAACUGGAAGAGGAAUCACCCGACCUGCAGCAGAAGAGAAAGGGAAACCAGCAUGUGAACCGCUGGAGAGUAGCUACUCAGCAGGGCAACCCGGACGACAUAGACGUCAUCUCUGAGGACUAAUGUCAUGAAUGCACGUAUAAACUCUCUGCACGUCAGUCAUAUAUAGUGGGAGGAAAAAAAAACCCAGAAAAGAAAUAAUAAACAAUCGAAGCUAAUACCAUUCGAGUUCCAGACCUAGUCAUGAAUCGACUUGGCUGUUAAAACCAAGGAAUGGAAAUCUGUGCUGUCAGCUGAAAAAUUAUGUGUGAGCGGGCACAGCGAGGAUGCCUCAGCUCGAACUGCUCCAAAAGAUUUGAUUCCAAGACUUCUUGUAUGCAAUACAAACAGACCUCUACAGUUUGGGACUCUAUCACAGAGCAACAAAGAGCGUCUCGUUUUUCCACUCCUCCCCUCUACUGUCCAUUUGAACAUUUCCAUCUCAAUGUAUUAUGUUCUCUCUGGUUAAGACAACAUUUGGAUGGAUUGUUUGUUUUGUACUGUUGAAAUGUCAAACUGUUCAACCACAUAGUUUAAUUUUCUACCGAAGUCGAACUCUCAGCCUUAGAUGUACCUUGAGAUAUUUUGUGGAUUUCUGUGUUAUGCAAUGUUUAAACAAAAAAAGUAAAAUUUUUUUUUACCCUCAGCAACGAGCAGUAGGUUUUUAAUGAACAUAUGGCAUUGACGCAGAACUGACAGAUCUCCUGUUAUAUUGCAUUAAGGCAUUUGAACAGUGAAAAUAUUUUAUUUGUUCAGAAUGAGCAAACUUUUCUAUGCAUUUGAGUGCCAAGUUUCACUGAUGUCAGGGUUUAAGCAAGAAACCUAAUUUGUUGUUAAAUGUCUUACCACAGUAUGUAAAAGAAGUUGGGAAUUAUUUUCCUUUGGUUUUCAUUAUGGCUCAAAUUUAAAAGUGAAAAAUCAACAGAAAGAAUAUGAUUAACUAUGAUUAACUAAUUGAGAAAAAUCAUUUCCGUCAUGGUGAAAACGAGAACAUUUGUAUUGUAUCAUUUAAUGUCCAGAAACAGUGUGUAGCACUUCAUGACGGAUUUUUGGUUGAACAAGGAUAAGAGAUUGCACUGUAGCCCUACCAGUUCUUUUUUAUCUGUUGUCUUGAAAUUCUUGUUUUGUACUUGUUUCCUGUUUCCUGCAGAUGAUUAGAUAAUUAAACAAACAAACAAACAAACAAACAAACAAACAAACAAACAAACAAACAAACAAACACUGAUCCGACUAAGGGAUUAUUCAUCACUUUUCCACACCUGGUACGAAGAAAAAUGCUAAAAUUAUUUAUCGUAUAGUUUUUUGUAAUCAUCAUGAUUAAAAAAAAAGGAUGGUUUUGAUUUUUUCCCUGUUUUUUUUUUCUCUGUUGCAGAUCAUUUCCU